ACGUGUGUGUGCACAGUCAGCAAUUCUCUAAGUUACUAAAAUCAAGUGAAGCGCAGCCAAGAUGUCGGCUCACCAGCCUAGUCGAAGCUACAGGGACCCACAGAAACAUAGAAACGAUGUUCCUGGUUGUCUACACUUCUCGUAUGAAGAUCUGAAAAAAGCUACUGAUAACUUUAACCAGAAGCCUCUAAAUAUGGGUGGUAGGAAACUAGGAGAGGGUGGUUUUGGACCUGUGUUUCUUGGAAUGCUCAAGUUCACUGAAGUAGCCAUCAAGAUACUGAGAAACGUGCCAAAGGGAGAUAAAGCGGCUGCAGAGUUGGCUGCUGAGCAAUUCAGAACAGAAGUGGAAGUUCUCACAAGAUUUCGCCAUCCCAACCUCGUCACUCUAAUAGGAUUCUCUAACUCGGCGAAUUGGAAGUGUCUGAUUUAUGAAUAUCUACCAAACGCCACACUAGAAGAUGCAUUAGAAAUUGGAUUACAAAGCUCCAGUGGUAAUACGACUGAGCUAGGCAAGAGAAGAAUUAGUCUCCCGUGGAUGUGCCGACUCUCCAUUGCCACAGAUACUGCUCGAGGACUGGCCUACCUACACACUGCUGACGCUGGUAACCCUCUGGUACACAGAGACGUGAAGAGUGCCAAUGUGCUCCUGGACCUGUCAUUUCGAGCCAAGGUCGGUGACUUUGGAUUGGCCCGUCCACUGGAGGAUAAUAAAGACGAGCGAAAAACAGUGCGAGUGGUGGGGACGUCAGGUUACAUACCCCCGGAGUACUACCGUGGUGUUAUCACUACUAAAAUGGACACUUUUGGAUUCGGAGUGAUUCUAUUGGAACUGAUUUCCGGUAUGCCUUCUUACGAUCCUCGAAGGACACCAAAAGACUUGAUAACGUUUAUGGAGAAGGACAUGGACAAGGCAAAUCCAGCCAUACUGUGUACCAAAGUGGAUGAACAUGCAGGGGACUGGCCGUCAAACUCUUUUGUAGAACUUUUCAAAAUUGCCAAAGGAUGUGUGGAGCCUAAAUUGGCCCCAAGAUCCGAGAUUGCUGAAAUAUUUCCCGAUUUGGAAAAGCUUAUGUUCAAUAGUGCCGCACUCUAUUCAGACCAAGAACAGUACAAGCAGAAGAGCACUAAAUCUCACUGACACUCGCACACACACACACACUAUAUACAAUCAUGUAGUUAUUUUGUUGUUUUUGUGUUUUUUUAUUGGACAUGCGCAGUAAAAUUAAUGUUAACUACGAG